AUGGACUGGCAGCAACUCAGACCAAAACGCAGCUCCCUUUCGGGCUUGUCUCAACAAGGCUCCUACACUCUGUAUCCAAUUUCCCCCAGACAAAACCAGUCUCGCUUUGCUUAUCCCAACUACCCUGACGAACAGACCGUCCAGGAUAAUGGCAGCACUCGAGCCUCGUACUACUCGUCACAACACCCUUUGUUCUGCGCAGAUUGGGUGUCUACUGAUCCCACGAACGAUUGGGUUGUUUUGAGCUCCUUUAGAGAAGGCUACCUGAAUCGGGUUCAAGUCGUGCACGGACUGCUAUACAACAACAAGGAGGACCCUGAGGAUCCAGGGAUCGUUUCACCUACAGUGCUGGACACUAGCUCGAGCUCGGAGGAGCUGAGAGCGAAAGAUCUGCCCUCGUGCGCUGGAGGAGCUUUUGAUUGGACCAAUGUCGCCGAAACAGCUGUGGAGUACCCACUCACCAACGUCCAGUGGGACCCGCUGAUGACCAGCCUGGGCGUGCUUCGACUCGGAGCGUCGUCCGAAGUUCUCAGAUUGUAUAAGGUGGAUCAGGAUCCCGAUAAGCUCAAGAUGGACGGAAGGUUCCCCUUAGUGCAGACCCAUCUUCUAGCGAACAACUCGACCGCCAACCUGGCCAACGGGGACGUUCAAGAUAUAAACACUUUCCCGCCCGUGACGUCAUUCGACUGGAACAAAGCGGACCCCUCUAUAAUUAUCACCUCCAGUGUGGAUACCACAUGCACCGUGUGGGACCUCAAUCGCUCGCACUCACUCGGCAAAGACAGAGACACAGCACACGUCAAGACGCAGCUAAUAGCGCAUGACCUGGAGGUGUUCGACGUGAAGUUUCUCCACGAAUCAACGAACGUCUUUGCCAGCGUCAGCAACGAUGGUUCUAUGCGAGUGUUCGACCUCCGCUCAUUGGAGCAUUCCACCAUCAUCUAUGAGCCCACACGAGCCCCGCCUUUGGCAUCUUCCGUGCCCACAACCGCCCAGGCCCACUACAACCCGCAAGCGUUGCUCAAGCUCCUGACGUCCAACGUCGACCAGAACUACUUGGCCACCGUUGGCGUCAACCUGAAUCAGGUGCUUGUGAUAGAUAUGCGGAUGCCGGGGCUUCCUGUGGUGAAAUUGGAUUGCCUGUUUGGUGGUAUGAGCCAGGCGGCGGUGAAUACCAUACAAUGGCACCCCAGUACCAACUGGCUUGCAACGGCAGGUGACGACUGUCAGGCGCUUGUGUGGGAUCUCACGAGCGGCAACAAGGAGGUGGGCACAGUGGUGGACACGCCGGCGAUGGCGUACACUGAGGAAUUAGAGGUGAAUAAUGUGUGCUGGAGAAAUAACGGCGAUUGGCUUGGAGUGAUCAGUGGAAAAGGAUUCCAAGCUCUACAGACAUGA